GGAGGCAGGGACGCCUGUAUGUGGAGAGGCGGAGCCGGGAAGCAUAUUAGCCAAUCAGGAUCGACGAUGCGGCCGAAGGACCAGACUCAAACGUGCCGGAAGUCCUUCCUCUGGGUCGGGGCCCUUCCUGUUUGGUAACCAAGGACGCUGAGAGGUUGCUAGGGUUGCUGUGGGGAGCCCGACGCGAGCUUGGGGAGUCUGAUCGGCUAUUUCCAGGCCUUGUCGCCGCCGCCGCCGCCUCCACAGCCGCCACAGCCGCCACCAUGAGCCAGGAUUUCUUGUCCGAGCUGCACUGGGAGGAUGGCUUCGCCAUCCCGGUGGCCAAUGACCACAACAAGGCGCUCGAAAGUAAGUUGCUGAUGAUGCACGAUGAGAGAACAACCCUCCAAGACCAGAUCUCUGACUAUGAGGAGAGAAUUAAUGCUAUGAAAUGUCAUUUAAAAAACGUCAAUCAGGAGUUUUCGUUCACCCAGUCUCUUUGCAGAGCCAAAAAGAAUGAGAUUGAGACAGAAAACCACUUAAAGGCCAUUGCCGUUAGAGAAAUGGGACGAGUGAAGGAUGAGAUUCGCCGAAUGGAACGAGAAAUGAAUUCAUUCAGAGAAAGAAAAGCUGAAAUAGAAAACGUCAUAUUUCAAACUUCUCAAAAACUGGAGUGUUUGAGAUGUCAGAUGAACUGGGAUCAACAAGCUCUGGAGGCAUGGCUAGAGGAGUCUGCUCAUAAAGACAGUGAUGCGUUUGCCCUCCAGAAGUAUACCCAACAAGAUGACAACAGAAUCAGGAGAUUAAUGCUUCAGAUAGAAAGGUUAACGAUCGAUUGCAAUGAAAAACGGAAGGCACUUGAUGAAGAAUUGACAGAGACAAUGUCUGCCCAGAUUGAGCUGGAUAAAGCAGCCCAAGAUUUUCGAAGGGUUCACGGUGAGAGGAAGGAACUUAUUAGACAGUGGGAGAACACAAUUGAGCAGAUGCAAAAACGAGAUAAAGACAUCGACCAUUGUGCUUUGACAUUGGCAACAGUAAAGCAGGAGUUAAGAGCCAAAGAAAACAUGAUUAAGGAAAAGAUCAAAUUCUUGGAGAAUGAGGUAGAAAACAAUGCAGAGUAUGAGAAGAAAAUUACUCUCGCUGAUCGUAAAGCUUUGAAACUUCGAUUGGAAUAUCAAAAUUGUGAUGCCAGUCGAUCGCAGCUCCAGGAUGAGCUGGACACUCUCAAAGCCACCGUGACUAGAACUUCACAUGAUCUGGAAGCCAUUAGGAGGGAGGUGAUGAGUCUGAAGAAAAGAAUUCAAGAAAAUACUGAAACGCUACAUGCCACUCAAGAACAUAAUCAGAUGCUCACCGAAAAACUAAAGGAUAUCACUGACAAAACGAUGAGUGUAGAAGAUAAAGCUAUCAGAAUGGAAACGAUGAUAAGAGAUGAGGAAAAGGCCGUCAAGGAUGUAGAAGAUCAUUUGAGUAGAAUAAAGGAAGUGCUUUUCAAGAGUGUUAAGAAAUUACAAAUUGCAACAGAAGAGGAGAAAUCUACUAUAUCAGAAAUCGAUGGAACCCGUUCCACUAUAAAGAACCUCAACCGCCGGUUAUACAAACUUGAUUUAGAAACCCUGAAGCAGCAAGAAAUCAUGUAUAAUCAGGAUUUUUAUAUUCAACAAAUAGAAAGACGAAUGUCACGACUCCAGGGAGAACUUAAUGUUGAAGAAAAGCUAGACCUUGAAGCGAGACUUACCGACCUUAAAGUCAUUUAUGAUGAGAAAAAAGACACAUCGGACCUCCUGGACGCCCAGAUCAAGAAACUUGAUAAUGACCUCUAUUUUCUCAAGAAAUCAGCAUAUAAAACCAGUGUAGAAAAAACUGAUCUUUUGAACAAAAUAAGUGAACUCAACCUUUUCAUUGAACGAUCAGAAAAAGAAUUACAGAAAGCCAAAGUCAUGAAACAGGACUUGUUGAUUGAAGACAAUCUUCAGAAGCUAGAAGUGAAAAGGAUCCGAGAACUGCUUCACUCCAAAGCAGAUGAAGUCCUUUCCCUGGAGAAACGAAAGCAGCAGUUAUAUACUGCGAUGGAAGAGCGAACCGAAGAAAUCAAGGUUCACAAGGCGAUGCUUUCAUCACAGAUCAGAUAUGUUGACCAAGAACGACAGAGCAUCAGUGCUGAAUUUCACGACCGGCUAAGUCAGAUAGAUAAACUGAAGAACAGAUAUGAACUUCUUACAGUGGUCAUGAUGCCUCCUGAAGGGGAAGAAGAAAAAACACAGGCCUACUACGUGAUAAGGGCAGCACAAACCAAAGAGGAGCUUCAGCGUGAAGGUGACAGCCUGGACAUGAAGAUACACAAGGCUGAGAAGGAGAUCUACGCUCUCGAGAACACGCUGCGUGUUAUCAAAACCUGUAACUCCAACUACAAGCAGUCCUUUAAGAAAAUCACCCCUGCCAGUUCGGAAUAUGAAAUAAAAAUUAAACUGGAAGAACAAAAAAGAAAUGUGGAUGAAAAAUACAGAUACAAGAGAAGACAAAUCAGGGAGCUCCAGGAGGAUAUACAGAGCAUGGAAAACACUUUAGAAGUCUUGAAAAAUCUAAUAAAUAGUUCCAAAGAAAGAUUUGCAGAGAAGCAAGUUUAUGCAAUUGAAUUAAAUGGUGAAACUGAAGAGCAGAAGCCCAAACUUGAGAGAGCCAAGAGACAGCAUUCUAAACUCGUCAAAGAACUCCGUCUUGCAAAGAAUACUGAUGAGCCAAUCUUAGAAGAGUAUGAUAUCAGCCUUCGAGAAAUCAAAGACUAUAACAAAUCCAUUGACAAAUUGUUAAUUGAAGUUACAGAAGAGAAUCCUGAUUUAUACAGCAUCUUUCAAACAUACUUUCAACAGGUGGGUUUGGAGCUCCCGUCCAUUAGUGCUGUAAGUAGCCACCGUGCAUCCAGGUCUUCUUCUCAGAGUUCCGUCUCAGCAAGGUCACCGAGGAUUUCCCUACAUGGUCCAACAGUUUCACCUAAAGUUGUGCAGUUAAGUUUGCCAGUUUCUCCAACAAGUUCACAUGCGGACAGUCCAAGUACUUCAAGUAGUGAUAAAGGGGGCAAAAGCUCAAAGUGAUGUUUGUUUGCUCCAGGAUGAAUAAUGUUUUUGAAUGUUAAACAAAUGUAGAAGAAAUUCAUACUUAGGUAUUUUUUGGAAGAAAAAAUAUAUUAUGAUACUGUUAGAAAUUAGAAGUGACCAAACAAGUUUUCUUUAGGAAAAAAAAAUAUAAAAAAUGACAAAUGAAAAUAACUAAAGUAAAAAAACAUCAUUUUCCUAUUAAUAUUUUCUCUUUUUUUUGUUUCAGUAAGGUUGUACUUCCUAAGGAAUAUAUAGUAUAGCAUAAACAUAAACCUAAAUAUAGUAAGAUCUGCAUUGGAAAAAUUGUAAAAUAAUUGUGCUUUAUGAUGCAAACCAUGACAAAAAAUUCUACCACCAGGAAGAUGAUUUUAAGAUGUCAUUCAAUGUGUUAGGAAUUUGAACAACUCCUCAAACUCCAAAAAGAGGAUAGUGCAAAAGGAAUCCCCAAAUCUUAGUGUAAUUUUAAGCCUCAAUAGCUUAAAACCGUGCUAAGACUUUUGGGGCACCCCAUACAUGAAUUUCUCUCUUCUAUUCUGUAGCAAGUGGUGUAAUGCACGUUUCUUAUUACAGGAACAUCUCAAUCACAGGCAGUUGGCACACCAUACUAUCUUUAGAGGCAUCCAUUUUAAACUUAUUUUUAACUCUUAAAAAUGUUCAACUUCUAAUGUGCCCUACUAAUUGGAGGAUCCCAAGUGUUUUAAAUUAAUCCUAAUUACAAAACUUAUUUUCUAGGCAAUAGAUAUUUUAUCUUUGUGCAAUUAAGCUGCCUUUAAUUUUACUAUGUGUAGCAAUCUCAACAGGAGGCAAAAUCAGAAUUUGCCCAAUAUCUGAAAAAGAAGAUUCAUAUUGCAUUGUGAUGAGAAGAAAACACACAAUGAAAAGAAUUAGCUGCAUCUUCCACCAAAAAGAGUGUGGUAUUCAUGGUCACACACCAGACUAUUUUGGCAAAUAUGCAUUGUUUAAUUUGCUCUAUACUUGUGAAAUUUUAUAUUUUCAAGAGUAAAAUACUUUUUAAAGCAAACUAUGAUGAAAAAACACAGAAGACCUUGUAUUUUGUGAUGGGAGAAGAAUGUGAGCAUCAAUAAAGUUUUUCUUGGUUAA